CUUAAGUCAUUCUUUCCAAUAAAUGAUUGCUAUUACAUGUCACUGAGCUCCAGCGCCAAUCCAACAUCUCCGGUGACAAUCCGGCGAAAUGGGUACCUCGGCAACAGCAGCUCCAUGGAAGAACCUUCUUCUGAACUCUCUAAACUCUAAUUCUCACCUCAAGCACUCCAUCUAUCUUCAACUUGCUACAGUUGGAUCAAAUGGAAGGCCCUCAAAUCGUACCGUCGUCUUCAGAGGUUUUGAAGAUAACAGUGAUAGGAUCCAAAUUUAUACCGAUUCCAGAACUCGAAAGAUCGAAGAUAUAAAGCACUGCCCAUUCGCAGAGAUAUGCUGGUAUUUUACUGAUUCCUGGGAGCAGUAUCGAAUUAAUGGAAGAGUGGAUGUGAUUGAUGCAUCAAACCCUGAUCCAGAUAAGCUUCAGCAAAGACAGACAGCUUGGUUUGCUAGUUCUCUGAAAUCAAGACUUCAGUACUUGGGACCCUCUCCGGGACUUCCUUCAUUGGAUGAUCAAUCAUCUCAGGAAAAUUCAUUGGGUCCUUCUGCUGGUCCAACUGAUGCAUUUUGCCUGCUAGUUUUGGAUCCUGAGCAGGUUGAUUUUUUGAAUUUAAAGAGUAACAGAAGGAUAGCAUUUGCAUCUAGAUGCAGCAUCAAUGGAGAGAAGCUUUGGACAUCAGUUGAGAUCAACCCAUAAUCACUUAUUUGAGAUUGAAAUCUCACCAAUUUGAAGCAUAAACUGCAGAACUGGUACAAUUUAGUCAACCUCAUUAUAUUGCACCAUCAAUAAGUAGCAUUAGUGUAUUACUAGAAACUUAGGCCAUUGUACCGCCACACCCCCAACCCACCUACCCCCCCACCCCC